GGGUGUGAUCACCCAUCCGAGUUCAGCCACGCCGAAUCCUUUGCUGGUGAUACUAUGCCUCCAUCACCAGAAGCAACUUCACGAUCAUCCGAGUCGGCAGCACAGCGACUCAUAGAUCUUCAGUCUCUGCUGUUCUCGCGGCACAUUACCAGAUUACAGGACGCAGACGGGCUCACGACACUGAUCAACACGACCGUGCACUCGACAGAAACUCUCAUUGAUGUCGUGGAAAGCUUACCACUAGUGAGGCCGAGCGUGGAAGGACGACGAUCUACUUCACCGCCAUCCUGCUGGACCGGAGCACCCGACACUUCCGGCUUCGCCACACAAGUAGUGCCACAGCUUCCGAAAGAGCCACUACAACAUCUACAUCAACCACCAAACCUGACUCUCGUUAUCUCUCUUUUUAUGACAAAUUAUCUUCUUCUUCUGGAUUCUUACGAAGAACUCCUUGGCGCCCUGAGGGGCCGUCUUCAAUGCUCACGACAGAGCCAGGGCCCGAGCCCCGGCAGCGACUUCGGCCUGGCGCAGCCAUUUUUGGGCAGCAAUACACCCAGCGGAAACCUCAACAAAUUCAAUGUUGUGAGCUCUUUUGACCUGGACGUCAACUCGGUCGUAUUCUUGUUGUCUCGAAUGAUGAAGAGACUACACAAAUCUACGGAAUGCCGCUUCAACUCCGUUUCCAUGACACCGCCUGCCGUCAGCCAGUCUCAAGGCCAGGGCUUCCCGGCUUCAGCUACAUCAUACAACUUUAACUUUCAAGACGGGAUAAGCCAGGAUACAGACGGGUGCUCGGAAACGUCAGGGGCCUUUUCUCCGAUGGCAAUGAUGGGAGACUAUGCACUACGGGAAGUAACUCAGAGGCACCAGAGCGUGAUGGAGUCGCUCCGUGUGAUUAGGUGGCUUGCAGACGAAUUAUGACACAGCCUGUACGACAAUUGUACACACUUUUGUGAAACUAAAGUUAAAGAUACAUCAAUCAAAUAAGCGAACAGCCA